GGCCCAGUGUAGACUGUUUUUCCUGAGGUCGUUUGAUAUGGGCAUAGGACAGGCCUAUUUUAAACAUGUGUUACCAUGGGAUUCUGGCAAGUGUUCUUUUUUAUGCUGUUGUAUGUUGGGGACCGGAACAGGUUAAACAAACUGAUAAGGAAAGCAGGUUCCAUCAUUAGUUCAUGCCCAAGUUCUGUGGAGGAAAUCCUAGAACAGAGGGUGAUGGGGAAGAUGAGGAGUGUGCAGUCAAGGGAGGACCAGCCCUUGUACAGCAUGUUCACUACAAGUGGUUGGAGCCAAAGGCUCCUUCUACCUAGAUGCACCACAGAGAGAUUUAGGAGUGCCAAACCACAGGAGUAUAAAGUCAGACUUGAGAAACGGACAGAGAUGAUGAAAGAGCCAUUGGGACACUCAAGACAAGCCGAGUUCAUAAAACUCAUGGAAGAGGAGGCUGAAAAACGGGCCAAACUGCAAGGUACCUCCGGGGGAUUCACCAAGGACAAGACUCUUGGAUCCAUUCUCAACCUUGAAAUGGUAAAAGACAUAUCUGCAGAAGAAAUUGGAAAACUCUGGAUGCAGUAUUAUUCCAACAAGGACACCAUCAGUGCGGUUAUACCGGGAGCAACCUUUGAAUUGAUAUUCAACAGAACCAAAUCAUGCCCAACUUUCCUUUAUGCCCUACCACGGCAAGAAGGGUAUGAGUUCUUUGUGGGUCAGUGGGCUGGCCACGAGCUUCAUUUCACCUCUCUCAUUAAUGUUCAGACUGCAGGCGAGAGUGCUCCAAGUCAGCUGAUCCUCUACCAUUACACAGAGCUGCUCAAGGACAAGGGUGUUGUACUCAUGACCGCAGAGAUGGAUGACAAAUUCAUUAACGUCCACCAAGCCCAGUGCUUGGCCAAUCAAGUACAGGUAUUUUAUGGUUCCGAGCGGCGUUCGACCUUCCAGUUGGUGGAGAACUUCAACCACAAACCAGCUGAUUUCAAGUACAUGUCUAUGAUUGCUGAAUUGGAGCAAAGUGGCAUCGGCCUAACAUCCUAGACUGGAAUGGACAAUAUUUGGACAGUGACCUGAUUAUCACUAAGAGAGAAUGAAGAGUGAAAGUUGGAUGAGUGAGUGUUGGACAAUGUAAUAGCCUACCUUCAGUCUCACUGAAGAAGUUGAUGAUAAAAUAUUGCUGGACUUACUGUAAAACAACAGUUCAAAGACUACAGGGUUGUUCUCAUCACCACUCCUGUAGUCUCUCCUCUAAUUGGUAAUGUACAGAUUGCAAUAUUAAAAUAUAAUACUUUUCUCUGAAA